GUGGUAGCGGAGCUGGGACUCGGUGGCAGCGCGGAGGAAAUCUGGGAAAUCCGGGGAAGGGGAGUCGGUGAAAACCCGGACUACAGCGGCAGAAUCCCCGCGAAGCCUCGGCCGUCUUCCCGCGGGCCCCUCCGGCGGACACCUCUCCUCCGCGUCCUGUUCUCUCCUCCGGGAUCCGCACAGGGGAUUGAACUCUGUGCUGUAUUGGAGCUGGACUGAGUUAACAGACCAAAGAUGGAGCAGUUGUCAGACGAGGAGGUGGAUGUGAGGGAGGAAGAGGAGGAGGAAGAGGAGGACAGCGAUAAGGAGGACCAGGACCUGGACAAGAUGUUUGGAGCCUGGUUAGGGGAGCUGGACAAACUCACACAAAGUCUGGACGACGGCCGCCCGGAGCGGCCUCCUCAGCAGAAGGCUCCACUCCGACAGGAAACCAACAUGGCCAACUUCUCCUACAGGUUCUCCAUCUACAACAUCAAUGAGGCGUUGAAUCAGGGCGAGAACGUGGACCUGGACGCCCUCAUGGCGGAUCUCUGCUCCAUCGAACAGGAACUCAGCACCGCCGACAAAAAACCUAACAGCGCCGGCAGCAUGGCUCGCCUGGGCCUGACCGACACCAAGGUCCGACAGAAGCCUCCAGCAGGGCGCAGUGGCAGGCAGCAGCCAGCAGGGAGCAGCAGCGGGGGUGGCGGUAGCAGUAGUAACAGCGUUAGCGGCGGCGGCGGCAGCAGCGGAGCGAGCAGCAGCAGCAGCAGCACCAGGGCGUCCCCUGCUGGAACCAUCAGAGCUCCCACUGGGCAGCAUGGGAGACCGGCACUGGCCUCCAACUUCAGUCUGGACGACAUCACGGCUCAGCUGGAGAAGGUGCGUGAGAGCGCGGCGUCCCUCAGCAUGGACGAAGCCGCCCGUCAAACCUCGUCCCUCUCCCUUAGCUCCGCCUCCACCUGCUCGUCGGCCACGAUGCGGCGGCCCGGCUCGACCCAGCGGCAGCACCGACGCACGGGAUCCGUCGGCACCGUCAGUGAACACGAGGCGCGUUCGAUCGUCCACUCCUCCCGCUCCUCCGUCACCUCGGCCUCCGGCGUGUCUGUGAACUCCGCCUCCUCCAUGGACUCUCUGGACAGCGUCCUGCGCUCCAGCGAGUCGGACGGUCAGCAGCCGGCGGGUCAAGGCGAGGCGGCCGGCCCGGGUCAUCAGGUCACAGAGCACUCCUAUCUGGACAGGGAAACCUCUCUGAUUCUGAGAAACAUAGCAGGAAAACCUACACACCUGCUGACCAAGGAGGAGCAGGCUGCGAAGCUGAAGGCAGACAACAUCCGAGUCGCCCUGGAGAAGAUCAAGGAGGCCCAGGUGAAGAAGUUGGUGAUUCGCGUUCAUUUGUCAGACGAGAGCUCGAAGACCAUGAUGGUGGACGAGAGACAGACGGUCAGACAGGUUCUGGACAGUUUACUGGAGAAAUCUCACUGUGGCUUCAGCCCAGACUGGUCCCUGGUGGAAACCAUCAAUGAGCUGCAGAUGGAGCGAAUCUUCGAGGAUCACGAGAACCUGGUGGAGAAUCUGCUGAACUGGACCAGAGACAGUCAGAACCGCCUGAUGUUCACUGAACGCAUCGAGAAGUACACGCUGUUCAAGAACCCUCAGAACUAUUUGUUGGGGCGGAAGGAGACGUGUGAGAUGGCUGAGAGGAACAAAGAGGCUCUGUUAGAGGAGUGUUUCGGCGGCAGCUCGGUGUCCGUCCCUGAGAUGGAGGGAGUGUUGUGGCUGAAAGAGGACGGGAAGAAGUCGUGGAAGAAACGCUACUUCCUGCUGAGAGCCUCUGGGAUCUACUACGUCCCCAAGGGCAAAGCCAAGGCGUCCAGGGACCUGGUGUGUUUCCUCCAGUUGGACCAUGUUAACGUUUAUCUGGGUCAGGACUACAAGAGCAAGUACAAGGCCCCUACAGAUUACUGCAUGGUGCUCAAGCACCCUCAGAUCCAGAAGAAGUCACAGUACAUCAAGUACCUCUGCUGCGACGAUGUCAGAACCCUCCAGCAGUGGAUCAACAGUAUUCGUAUUGCAAAGUAUGGGAAGCAGCUGUACAUCAACUUCCAGGAGGCGAUGAGGAGAACGGAGGCUGCGUACGACUGGUCCUCCCUCUCCUCCUCCUCCAUCAAGUCAGGAUCCAGCUCCUCCAGCCUUCCAGAGUCUCAGUCCAACCACUCCAGCCAAUCAGACAGCGGCGUUUCAGAGAUGACGUCAACAGGCCACACCCGCUCCCAGAGCGCUGUCAGCUCCAUCUUCUCUGACGCCUGGAGGAGAGGAACGCAAGGAGAGAUGAUGAGGAUCGACCCUAUCAGUAGACCCAUCCCUCUCCACAUACCCACCAUGUCCCCACUCCCUCUCUCUCAGACUCCGCCCUCCCGGAGCAGCUACACCGACAGCCUUGUCCCAUCAGAUGAUUCCUCCACGUCGCCGCCCUCGCCUCCUCCACCUCCUCCACCUCCUCCUCUGGUAUGUGUGCCCCAUCAGCCGGCACCUCCCACCUCAUACGUCAAGUACAGCACGCUGGCUCGCCUGCAGAGCCAGAACCAGAACCAGUCCAGGACGCCGCUGCCGGGAGCCACGCCAGCUGCUCUUCCCAUUCAGUCGACCAAACCAAACUACAAUACUCUUCCAGCUGCUUACAGCACCUCCCCUCCAUUACCACCAUCUCCUCCCCCUCCUCCUCCACCCACAGCACCAGCUCCUGGCUCAGCCAUGGCGAUAUUAAAAUUUGGUCCACCAAGCCCCAGCUCCACUCUCCCUCCACCACCACCGCUGGAUGAGGAGGAGCAGGAGCACGCCUACCUUCCACCUCCUCCACCGGAGAGCCUGGAGGCCAACGGGUUGCCACCUCCUUUUGACCCAGAGUCCGAUUCCUGUUCUAAUUUCACCAACACUGGCCUCCAGCAGUUCCUGUCACAGAAGUUUCCCCACAUGGUGUACGACUUUACGGCGGAAGAUUCCGAUGAAAAUUCUCCUCAUCUUCCACCUCCAGCCGGGCUCUCUCCUCCCAGCUCCCUGCUGACUCUCCGGCCCCUGUCCCCCAGCGGACCCCCGCCUGCACCUCCCAAAACCUUUACUGGUGGUUUUCCCCCUCAAACUGCUCCCAAACCUUCAGGUCCCUCCUCCCUUCCCAUGGCUCUGUCUCCUGUGUCUCCAACUCCUUUCCUAAGCAGCCAAGGGUCUUUUAAAAAGCAGCAGAGUUUCUCUACGGGUCAUUCCCCGAAUCAGCCACCCCCGACUCUUCCAAAGCAGCACAGCCUCUCCUCCAAAAGCCUCACCAUGUCUCCUUCGUCCUCCUCCUCUUCGGUCUCCAUUGCAGCGGCUACCUCCUCUUUGGUCAAACAGAUUGUCAAUCAGUUCCCGGGAAAUGCUGCCUCCUCCUCCAUCUCUGCCUCCAGCUCCAUGGAAGGCUCCAAGUUCAGCGCUCCUCAGUCUCCUCCGGCGGUGAAGGCCAAGCCAAAGUGGCAGCCAGGAGGAGUUGUGGCUCCUCAGUCACCAGAGUUCCCCCCACCUCCUCCAGAUAACACCUCAGGAGAUUUCCCUCCUCCUCCGUCUUCAUCUUCCUCUAAGACGGGCUCCCCUAUAAAGAAGUCGCCUUCCACCUCGUCCACAGGAUCCAUCAAGCGAGGGCCGCCAGCUCCACAGAGAGCCUCCUCCAUGCGCUCCAACUCAGGCGAGGCCCAAGACGAGAGGCCGAAGAAGGUGGAGAGCCUGGUCAACAAAUUUGCCCAAGCUCCUCAGACGGGCACCUCCUCCAGCUCCUCGUCAGCGACCGGGUCUCCUUCUAAAGAUUCCUCUGCGCUUCCUGCUCCGCUCCCCAAGCCGGGGAAGCUGAACCUGGCGAACCUCCCGCUGGUGCUCCAGGGGCUGCAGACCGGCCAGCACCAUCAGCCGGCGGAGUUCCCAUCCCCUCCUCCCCCGCCUCCACCUUCCCAUCCGACCAACCUCGACUCGUCUCCCGACUACUUCCCGCCUCCCCCCAGUGACUCAGAGCUCUUCCCUCCUCCCCCUCACCCGUCAGAGUUCCAUCACCCCCCUAAGGUAGCCGUGGUGAACCCCCAGCCUCAGAUGCAGCAACAUCAACAGUCGGCGACGCCGGCCUUGUCGUCAACGUCGUGGAAACAGAGCUCCCUGAAAAAGGGGGCGGUCCCUCCUCCAUCACUGAACCGGUGGAGCAGCGGCACGACUCAGUUUGACAACACGAUGUCACUGCCGCUCUCGCCGCCUCCUCUGUCCCAGACACCGCCUCCUUCCCUGUCCUCUUACACCUCCUCCUCGUCCUCUCCCGUCCCACCCACCUCCCCGAAAUCCUCCGGGCCGGUCUCCCUGGCGCUGAAGCCUCACUUCCUGGAAGACCUCAACCGCACCCUGAAGAGGAAGUCGGUGUCUCGCCACGGCUCCCUCACCUCCUCCUCCCUCAUCCCCUCGUCAAAGAUGGAGCCUGUGGGCACCAUGGACGACAUGGCGCUCCUGCCGCCGCCUCCUCCCGAGCUCAUGCAGCAGCAGCAGGGGGUCCGAGGACACUCCCAGACUUUGUCUCGCCACCACACACACUCCCACUCCACCAAACACGCCAACAUCUCAGGCUAUGCAACGCUGCGGCGAGGCCCGCCCCCCGCUCCUCCGAAAAGGGACCAAAGCACCAAACUGACCGGUGAUUGGUAGGGAGCGAGGACACUGGGCGGAGCCUAAACAACUGAACUGAUUAUUUAGGACUCAUGGUUUCCGCAGAGAAGAAAUAAUCAAUGUCUGUCUUGACUUGUCCGUCUCCCCUCAUCCCAAAACAUCCACCCUGGGAUUUCUGAGCAAGUAGCAAGCUGUGUUUCCUACUCGUACUCUCAGAUAAUGAUUGUUCCUAUUAUCCUCAUUAUUACUAUCAUUACAACACAUGUUUAACCCAAUGACAUGAGUUAAAAAAAUAUAUAUGUAUAUAUAUCUGUAUACAAGCAAGCCAGAAAAAUCACCAAUCAAGCUUUUUUCACAAUGUCCGUGCAGCUUUGCAUUGAAAUAUACAAAAGACGAGACGCAGACAAUUCACUGCAAAAUAUCUGGUACUGCAUGGAGCCGCGGCUAGGGAAGGAACCGACGGAGGGAAGGAAAGGACUUAAUGGAAGGAUGCGAACGUGAGAUGAUGUGUAUAGACAUGUUGGGGGGGUGGGGGGGGGGGCAGGGCGCUCUUAGAGGGAGCAUUGCCAUUUAUUUCAAACCUUUUUGUGUGUGUGUUUUUAUAUAAGAUUAUUUAAUACUGGAAAGAUAUUGUUAUUAUAAUUAUUUUAAGUUUUUAAGGAGUAUCAGAAGAGAAUGAGUUUGACUGGACGUGUGUUCUCAAAAUACUUAGAAAGUGUUGAUCUGGUUACUCAGUUUAUAUUUGGAUCGUUUGAUCCGAACGUAUUUCUUUAAAGUUACAGUUCCGCGGCUGAUUGGCCGCUGACGACUUAGAUUUAUCAAAUACUUCUCGUGAGGUUGUUCUCAGAUUACAGGAGGUUUCAAAUCAGUUUGUAUGAAGAAAAAAAAAAGACGCCAGAGGGAAGAAUAACGUUAUUUUCAUGUCUUCCCUUUCCUCUGUGAAGGUCGAGGUCUUGCACAUUUUCAUUUCUCUCAGUUCUCCAAAUUAAAUUUGUUUCCAGCAGAUCUGAAGGAUCUUGACCUCAGUCCCUCUCGACCAGAACCUCCAGUCGUCUGAGUUCAGCCUUCACACCCGCGUCAGUCGGCGACAUCAGAAUAAUGUUUUCAUGACAGUCCUGGUUUCCCACCUUGUUUACACGGACUCAGCUUUGCCGUCGGUGUUUGUUGGCUUGUAGACCAAGCAGCUAGUCAGCUCCAAUGAACUCUGUCUGAACGAAGGUGAUCAUCACUUUGCUAGUGAAUAAAAUCCGUCAAUUGUU